CGGGUCUCGCGCCACUUCAUGCUUAAAGAGGGAACAAAAACAAAUAUUACAUUAUAAAAUAAAUAGUAGUUAGUUUGUAAAAAAUAAAACCUUGUUUGUGAACAAAACCUAUACUGAAAUAUGUCUAGCACUAGUAGUGUAACUACCAAUCCUUCAACUUUGCUACCUCUUGAAUUAGUAGACAAGUGCAUAGGUUCAAGAAUACACAUUAUCAUGAAGAAUGAUAAAGAAAUUGUAGGAACACUGAAAGGUUUUGAUGAUUUUGUUAAUAUGUUGCUGGAUGAUGUAACGGAAAGUGAAGCCACUCCCGAAGGAAGGCGAGUCACAAAGUUAGAUCAAAUAUUGCUUAAUGGAAAUAACAUUACUAUGCUUGUACCUGGUGGAGAAAUGCCAGACGUUUGAAAAAUUUUAAUCAUUAAAUAUUUUUAUACUAAUUGGAUAUAAGGUAAUUUAAUGAAUUAAUAAACUUUAAAAAAAGGUACAA